AGUUUUUUGAUAGACGCCAUUUUGUUUUCUUUGCCAGAACCGCGUUGUAGUGUGCUCGAGUGAUUUAUAUAUUAGGAAUCUUAAUUUAUUAUUAGAUUGAUUGAGUGUUAAUCACUAAACGUUUCUUGUUUAUUUUAAGUACUCAACAUGUCAGACAGAGAGAGGAGCCGCUCGAGGACCCGCAACGGGUCUAGGGAGCCGGCGCCAAAGCCUGCGGUCAUGUCUCGUGGCCAUAGCCGGAGCCGGUCUCGCACGCCUCCCCCGCCAAAAGCAUCCAGUAGGAAGUACAGAAGCCCGUCUCGCUCGAGGUCGGGGUCCGCUCGUCGUUACCGCGGCAGCCGCUACUCUCGCUCCCGCUCCCGGUCGUACUCGCCCCGCGGCUCCUAUCGCCGCUCACACUCGCAUAGCCCGAUGUCGUCUCGUAGACGGCAUCUCGGUGAUCGGGUGAGGCUUUUGGAAAAUCCGACGCCAUCGAGAUGUCUCGGAGUGUUCGGUCUCAGUCUCUACACUACUGAACAGCAAAUUCAUCACAUAUUUUCAAAAUUUGGACCAGUUGACAAAGUUCAAGUUGUGAUUGAUGCCAAGACUGGACGCUCCCGCGGUUUUUGCUUCGUGUAUUUCGAGUCCCAGGACGACGCCAAGGUGGCGAAGAACGAGUGUACUGGCAUGGAGAUAGACGGACGUCGCAUACGAGUAGACUACUCCAUCACACAGAGAGCUCACACACCCACACCGGGCAUAUACAUGGGGAAACCCACGCAUGUAAGAGGAGAUAACGGCUACGAUAGACGCAGAGACAGAGAUCCCGCCCACAGCGACUACUACUACCGCGGCGGCGGCUACCGCGAGCGCGAGCGCGACUACUACGCCCGCGGCUACCGACACCGCUCGCCGUCCCCUCACUACCGCCGGCGCCGCUACGAGCGCGAGCGCUCCUACUCGCCGCGUCGGUAUUAAUAUCGCGACGCUGAGACAUCAUAACGUAGCGUAGAUUUUGAUACGCACCUUCCAAUGUGAACCGGCCUCUAAAGCAUUUAUAUUGUACCUGUACGAGCCGGUUAUAGAGUACUAUAUGAUCGUUGACAUUGUAAACGGUGUUUAUGUUAAAUAUGAGUGAUAAAAAGGGUCUAGAUGUAAGUUAGCCCGUAACCGUCGCUUCUAGGAUGUAAAACUAGCUCUUAAUAAAGGUCUAACACUAAGUCUAAUAUUGAUUUUGUUUGUUUUGAAAAGGUAUUGAAACAAGAAGUAAAGGAUGAAGUUCCUUGAAAGACUAACUGUGUUGAAGUUUUGAAAAUGUUUGAUUGAAAAGGCCUUUCGAAACGGCAGUUGCCAGUAGCGGUCGCCGGAGUCGCAGUAGUGGCGUGGCCAGUGGGUACAGAAUAUGAUCCCCCGAAGCUCUCAAGACUCAGUCGAUCAUAUUCUCUAUCACACUUUACAAAUCUAACAGACCGACACACAUACAGUAUUUUGGUACAGAUUUUUUUAUGGUGAUCCUUAUGCAUUUUAUCCAAUCAUAGUAUAUAUAUGUAUUUGUCAGAUAUAGUCUGGUAACACCGUAAUACUAGUUGUAGACUUGUGUUGUGAGCGACUUGUUAAUAAAAUGUUAGUUUUAUAAUGUCA